CCCCCUCACUCCCGUAAGAGCUCUCGUCCAAUCAGGCGAGGGUAACCGAAAGCGUGUGACGGCGCCGACGACGUGUACACAGCGCGCGCUCUCUUUUGUGUACCUCGGAAUGUGUACACGCGCAGGUGAGAGAGCGAGAGAGAGAGAGCGAGGCGGCGGCGGGAACACGCAGCGUCAGAAAAAUUGAGAAAUUUAACAAGUUGCCAUGACGCCCUGCUAGCGACCAAUGUCUUUCAGCGCCACCAUUCUGUUUACCCCGCCCCCUGUCAAUGGGGGCGUGGCAACAGCAGCCAGUAGCAGCGGGAGUGCCAGCGCCUUGGAGACGGGAGGCACGGCAACAGCCACUCCCAUUACUGUGAGUGGGCGUGGCCUGGCACUGUCCAGCACAGAGGAACUUCUGCAUCUCAUAUAUCAAAAGGUAGACCAGGCCUGCUCCAGUGCGGACAGCGCCCUUGCCCUGGCCCGGCAGAACCACCAGAUCCUGUCAGAACUGAGAGGGAGCGUGGCCGCCCUGAGCAGAGGGCAGGGGUCACCCGACAGCACACUGCCCACUGGGACAGCUGAGCAGGAGCAGGAGGAGGAGCUGAGGCUGAAACAGGAAGUGAGGUCACCGCCGCCAGACAGGAGGAUGGCCAUGACGUCGUCAUCGGGGAGAAGUGGGCGGGGCUUUCCGGGAAGGGGCCGGGGAACCGGGGCCACUGAGCAGCGAGCAAGCAGCGUGGGUAUGGCCCAAGAAGAAUUUCAAUUGGACAGGCUACUAAUUGCCCCCUUGCAGUGCCAAAUGUACCCUGAAACCCUCCCUCCGCCCCCCCCCGCCCCCCCACACCAGCCCCCAGGUCACCUUCCAGCACUGCGUGCUGUCCAGCCACCCCAACAUAACCCCGAACACCAACGUAACCAGCUCACAAACCAGUGUGCACAACCACGCCUGCUCGUCGGCAACAGUGGGACCGUUCCGAAUCCCAAUCUCAACGGGACGGCCAGCAAAACCGCUCUGACCAGCAUGGACCGCUCCCUGCUAAUCCCCAAAGUAAACCCCAACUCGAACCUCCUCGUCCACGCGAGCAGGAACGCUGGGCAGGGUCCGCAUGCCAGCCACCGCGUGACGAAAACCAGCGCCAACGCUGGCCUCGGAAACACAAACGUUGGCCUUUCUACAGCGGCCCAGUUCAGGGCCAGGCCGGGGGGGGUUCUGGGGGGUCUAGAAGAAGUCCCCAAAAACCCCCCCCACCCCUCGUACGUCUUGGACGGAAGGGGGCGUCUCGUAGGACGCGGUGUGAGCCCCCAGUCCGGCCACGCUAACGCUGCCGGCGCUGUGGGGGUGGCUGGACCGGCCAGGAAGAGUCCCAGUUGUUCUGUUGCACUGGGAGGCACUGGGACCCCCUCUGUUGUGUCGGCGGUUGGGAGGGGGGCGGCCCCGCGGACGGCGCCUGGACUGGGAUCUCUGGGAGGACUGGGAGCCGGCCAGCACUCCGCUGGGAGGAAGAGAAGGAAACGGGACGUGGUGCUUUCUAAAUGGGUGCACGACAUUCACAACCACGACUCCAACAACAAGAGGUUCAACGGGUCAGAGAGCCUGCAUUCCUCGUGGAAUAUGUCUGUGGUGAAGUACCUGGUUGAGAAGCUGAGGGCUGCCCUUCACUGCAGCCCCCAGCGCUACAGUGACAAGGAGCUCAAAGGUCCGUGCGUGGCGUAUUUCCUGACUAAGAGGCGUGAAUACCGUAAUGCUCUGAACCCGUACCAGAGCCUGAAGGAGCGCGAGGAGAAGAAACUGAGGAGCCGUCGAUACAGGCUCUUUGCCUAUCGCUCCUCGAUUGUCUCUCAGUUCCCUCUCGCCGACCGGAGGCUGUGGGAGGAGGAGGGCGUGACCGAGGAGCUGAUGUCGGACGAGGAGGACAGCCAAUCGGAGCCCGGCGUGUGGGUGGCCCGCUCCCCAAGGUUCCGCUCGCCCCGCCUCUCAGAACUCAUCCAACGAAUCAACAGCAGCUCCAAACCGGGCCUGAAGCAGCGACGCAAAUACGGACCAGAGUCAGACAGGCUGCCCUCCAGGGAGGGGCUGAAAGGGAUGGGAGGGGGGGAGGGGGAAGGGGAAGGGGAGGGGGAUAUUUACUCAGACAGACUGACCCUGACAGGGGGACGCGACCAGGGCCCCGGGAUGAUCAUUAUAGGAGAAAACGGACAGUACUGUGAAGAGACGGAGGUGAAGAGAGAGGGAGAGGACUGAGAGGAGAGAAGUGAGGACGAGUGAUAAUGUACGUGAAGUACAUUUUUACUAAAACACUUAAAAAUAAUCGCAAUAAGCGAUUAAACACGAGCGAACAACCAGAUUUAACCCUUUGCGGUCCUAUGUCGGACCUGGUCUGGCAUUGCAAUUAUUCCUAUCCGGUCCAAUGACAGACCCUGUCCGACAUCAUCAAAAAGACGCAGAAAACGGGUUUCUAGACGUUUUUUCUCCAGAAAAAGCCGAGAAAACCAUUCAAUGGCCGAGUGGGAGCGACAGGAGCCGAGACAAGCCAAAAAAAAAGGGCGUAUCUCAUGAAUAGUCAUACUUGCCCAUGGCAUCAGAUAGGGGCGGUCAUAAGGAAACAAGCUGGCUGCUUCUGCAUCAGCGCUCGGAGAAUAUCACAGACAUUUGCAGAGCUUUUUUGAGAUGUUAUAUAAUAAAAUAAUGACUUGGAUCACAUUAUUGAGGAGUUUGGUGAUAAAACGAGUGAUCAGGAGAUGAUUUUAUUUCUUGGCAUAGGUGAAAGCGAUAGCGAGCGAAAGGGUGGGGCGGGGCUGGAGAUGCCUAGCGAGUGCUUUGUUGAUAUGCAGGGCCUUUUAAACCCGUUUGACUGUGGAAAAAAUACUUUUAAACAGCGCGUCUAAAAUUAACUGCGCGUGUGAAAAUAAAUUGGACCUGACGCGCGAUUAAUAAAUGGACUGCAAAGGGUUAAUAAAGCUAAGAAUUCCAGUACCUUUGUUGUGCCACACGAGGGCAGUAGAGCCUAGCCCAUCUUUCCACCCCAGCGUUCUGUAAAUAACAAGCUGAGGUCUGUUUCUUUUCAGUUGUUAAUUUAUGAAGUCGGUGCUGAAGCUCUGUGUAAUAAAGUGCCUUUUGAAAUGA